CCGGCACCACCGGCACCGGGACCACCGGGAGCGGCACCGGGAGCGAGGAGGCGGCCGCGGCGGGGGCCGCGCCGCGCCAUGGCCCAGCAGCAGAUGAGCAGCUCGCAGAAGGCGCUGAUGCUGGAGCUGAAGUCGCUGCAGGAGGAGCCGGUCGAGGGCUUCCGCAUCACCCUGGUCGACGAGUCCGACCUCUACAACUGGGAGGUGGCGAUCUUCGGGCCCCCCAACACGCUCUACGAGGGCGGGUACUUCAAGGCUCACAUUAAAUUUCCUAUUGACUAUCCAUAUUCACCACCUACCUUCAGAUUCCUGACCAAAAUGUGGCACCCCAACAUUUAUGAGAAUGGAGAUGUAUGUAUUUCAAUUCUUCACCCACCUGUAGAUGACCCACAAAGUGGAGAGCUACCAUCAGAGAGGUGGAACCCUACCCAAAAUGUCAGGACUAUCUUACUGAGUGUAAUCUCUUUGCUUAAUGAGCCCAACACAUUCUCCCCAGCCAAUGUGGAUGCGUCAGUCAUGUUCAGGAAAUGGAGGGACAGUAAAGGAAAAGACAAGGAGUAUGCCGAAAUCAUAAGGAAACAGGUUUUGGCUACCAAAGCUGAGGCAGAGAAGGAUGGCGUGAAGGUCCCCACUACACUGGCAGAGUACUGCAUCAAAACUAAAGUGCCUUCCAAUGACAACAGCUCAGAUUUGCUUUACGACGACUUGUACGAUGACGACAUUGACGAUGAAGACGAGGAGGAGGAGGAUGCCGACUGUUACGAUGAUGAUGAUUCUGGCAACGAGGAGUCGUGACCUGCUCCCUCUAUGCCCCUGUACUGCCCUGCCGACUCAGGCCAGAAGGGAGCAGCGGUAACCUAGCAGCAGUCCAGCAAAAAAGUGGGGGGGAGGGGUGUCAAAAAAAAAAAAAAAAAAAAAAAACCCAACACAAAA